AUGGAGGAAGGACCACUCAGCAAAUCACGGUUCGAAGCCCUGACCUACAAGUACCCUCGUUUUUACCCCCAAAAGGUCAAAGACUUUACCCUGGACGACAAUCUCCCACUCGCAGGACUCACGAUCCGCAAUGAAUACAGGUCCAAAGCAGCUAAAUUCGGCCUCGGUACCCUGGAUGUUCUUCCCCUCGAGUUGCUUCAGGAAUCGCUCUCCCAUCUUGACGUAUCCACUCUUACCAAAUUUCGACACAUCAACCGACGAGCCGCAGAUGUGGUGGAAUCCAUUCCCGAGUUUAAAGCGAUCGUCAUGCAUGCACCAAAUGCACUCCUUGGUAUUCUGAGCGUCGAAACAGGGCAUUUAAUAUCCUGCAAAGCCUUGUACGAGCAACUAUGCACGGCCGAAUGUGAGCAUUGCGGCAGCUUCGCUGGCUACCUCUACGUGCUUACUUGCAGCCGUGUUUGCUUCCACUGCUUCACAGCAAAGGAAAGAUAUUUACCUUUGAGGUAUUGCGACGCGAGACGAAAAUUUGGGAUCGACCGAAAGAUCCUCAAGACAUUGCCCUCUAUGAGGAGUAUUCCAGGCAAAUACUCACGAGAGCAAUUGAAUCGCCCCAAACGACUAGUCUUGGUAGAUUCUGGAUCGGCCUAUCGAGCAGGUGUUGCGUUGCACGGGUCCCCUGGCGCCAUGAGAAGAUAUGCGUCACAUGUUUACGCCCAGGAAUUACAAGAGCAUAAUAUUAAAGCAUUUCACGCCUCCGCUAACGGCACAUAUCUACCUCGACAUCUAUAUCCCCAUGACGCUGUUGAAGGGAAUCCUUUGCGUUUUAUGGGAAUCAUUCGCAUGCCAUGGCUAAACAGAGCCACCCGCGAGCCAGAGUACGGUGCUUAUUGUAUUGGGUGCAUUAGUUGUCACGACAACUGCCUACUGAAUCAGUUUGAUAUUCAGACACUGAGUCAUCACGCCAACCCGGUAAUGAGCCUGAGAAGAAUCUACCAACGACUGCACAGACGACUGUACACAGAAGCAUCAUUCAGCGAGCAUCUGAGGCAAUACGGGGAUAUCCGAGAUAGAAAGCAUAUUGGAACUUAG